AUGGACGGGGAUGCAGAUGCCGCUCAAAUUCAAGUUCGAUUCGUCACUAAACAAGAACAAUAUGCGAUUCCAGACAGUCCAUUGGCUGUUCAAAGCAAUAUCCAGACAGCAGAACUAAGCACACUUGUUAAUGGCUUACUGACAGAAUCUAUUCAAUCUCAUAAAAAGAAUAUUGAUUUUGAUUUUCUCAUUUAUGGGGAACUUUUGCGUACCACUGUAGCUGAGCAUUUGCAAGAGAAAGGAGUAUCUACAGAAGAUACAUUGGAAAUUGAAUAUAUUGAAAGAUUUCCCGCUCCAAGUCCUCAAGACUGUUUGAUGCAUGAUGAUUGGGUGGCAGCUGUUGAUACUCAUGGAAGUUGGAUCCUGUCAGGGUGCUAUGACAACAGUGUCCACAUCUGGACCACUAAAGGACAACACAAAUUAGCAAUACCGGGUCACACUUCCCCUGUUAAAGCAGUUGCUUGGGUUGCCUUUAAUGGUGAUCAAGCAAUUUUUGUAAGUGGCUCUCAUGACCAGUCAGCCAUUUUGUGGUCAUGGAAUGUUUCUGGAAACUCUGUAGAGAGUGUGGUGACAUGUCGGAGUCAUGAGAAAGGAAUUGAGUGUUUGGCUGUAUCUGCAGAUGGUAAACAAUUUGCAACGGGGGGCUGGGAUAAUAAUAUUUGUUUAUGGAGUGCAAGCUUAGCAGAAGAAGAUAAUGUGCCAGCUAAAAAGAAGAGUAAACCGGAACAAGGAAAAUCAAGGGAAGCCUUGACUACUCUAAAAGGACACAAGGAAGCUGUCUCCAGUGUGCAGUGGAUGGACUAUAACACUGUUCUAUCUGGGAGCUGGGAUCACUUGAUUAAGAUUUGGGACUGUGAACUUGGUGCUAUCAAACAAGACAUUGCUGGUAACAAAGCUUUCUUCGACGCCGCGUGGUCGCCUCUAAGUAACAGCAUUAUUACGGCAUCCGCCGAUAGACACAUACGUCUUUAUGAUCCGAGAUCUACAGACAGCCUAGUAAAGACAACAUUCACAUCCCACACGGGUUGGGUCCAAUCUGUUCGUUGGUCAACAACACGGGACACCUUAUUCCUUUCGGCGGGUUACGAUAAUCAAGUCAAAUUGUGGGAUACGAGGAGUCCCAAAACGCCGCUCUACGACCUCACAGGUCACGAAGAUAAAGUGCUGUGUUGUAAUUGGUCGAAUCCUUCGCUUCUUAUCAGUGGCUCGUGUGAUAAUACGCUGAGGAUAUUUAAAGCGAAACAUGCGAUGAGCUAA